AUGGAAGCCAUAAGAGUUUUUGGACUAAAACUUGGAUCUAAACUCUCUAUUCAUUCUCAGACCAAUGCAUUUCCGGCAUUUAAACUCUCUCGCUUUCCGCUGACGUCAUUUCCCGGAAAGCAUGCACAUCUUGAUCCUUUGAAGGCCACUACUCAUCCUUUGGCUUUUGACGGUGAAGAAAAUAAUCGCGAAUUCAAAAAUUUGGGUCCUUCUGAAUGGGGUCAUCAAUUCCUCUCUGCUCAUGUUGAUCUCUCAGAAAUGGAUGCGCUUGAGAGAGAGAUAGAGGCACUAAAGCCAAAAGUAAGGGACAUGUUGAUAUCUUCUGAGUCGAGCAAGAAGAAAAUCCUUUUUCUAUAUUUGCUUGUGAGUCUUGGUCUCGCAUAUCAUUUCGAGGAUGAGAUCAAGGAAAGUCUAGAAGAUGGUCUUCAAAAGAUAGAGGAGAUGAUGGCUAGUGAAGAUGAUUUGAGAUUCAAAGGAGACAAUGGAAAAUUUAAGGAAUGUCUAGCUAAAGAUGCUAAGGGUAUCCUGAGCUUGUAUGAAGCUGCUCACAUGGGAACAACGACCGAUUAUAUAUUGGAUGAAGCCUUGAGCUUCACAUUGACUUACAUGGAGUCGUUAGCUGCAAGUGGGACUUGCAAAAUUAAUCUCUCAAGGCGUAUACGAAAAGCUUUGGAUCAACCGCAACAUAAGAACAUGGAGAUAAUAGUCGCAAUGAAAUAUAUCCAGUUCUACGAAGAAGAAGAAGAUUGCGACAAGACGCUACUCAAGUUUGCCAAGCUUAAUUUCAAAUUCCUGCAGCUACAUUACCUUCAAGAGCUCAAAAUCCUUUCAAAAUGGUAUAAGGACCAAGACUUUAAAUCUAAGUUGCCACCUUACUUCAGAGACAGACUCGUUGAAUGUCACUUCGCGUCACUAACAUGCUUCGAACCAAAAUACGCACGUGCGAGGAUCUUUUUGAGUAAGAUUUUUACGGUUCAAAUAUUUAUAGAUGAUACGUGUGACAGGUAUGCUUCUCUUGGUGAGGUUGAAAGCCUCGCAGAUACCAUCGAAAGGUGGGAUCCCGAUGAUCAUGCCAUGGAUGGACUACCAGAUUAUUUGAAAUCUGUAGUUAAAUUUGUAUUCAAUACCUUCCAAGAGUUUGAAAGAAAGUGCAAGAGAUCGUUGAGGAUCAACCUUCAAGUCGCUAAAUGGGUAAAAGCGGGUCACUUGCCUAGCUUUGAUGAGUACCUAGAUGUUGCUGGACUCGAGCUCGCUAUAUCUUUUACCUUCGCAGGUAUUUUGAUGGGUAUGGAAAAUGUCUGCAAGCCGGAAGCUUAUGAGUGGUUGAAAUCUAGAGACAAACUCGUUAGAGGAGUAAUUACAAAAGUCCGAUUGUUGAAUGAUAUCUUUGGCUAUGAGGAUGACAUGAGGAGAGGAUAUGUCACGAACUCGAUCAACUGUUAUAAGAAGCAAUACGGAGUUACGGAAGAAGAGGCUAUUAGAAAGCUUCAUCAAAUUGUUGCAGACGGUGAAAAGAUGAUGAAUGAGGAGUUUUUGAAGCCAAUCAAUGUGCCAUACCAGGUUCCAAAGGUAGUCAUUCUCGACACUUUACGUGCGGCGAAUGUCAGCUAUGAAAAGGAUGAUGAAUUUACCCGUCCUGGUGAACAUCUCAAGAACUGCAUCACGUCAAUUUAUUUUGAUCUUUAGAACUUUGGUUUAUCGAACUUACUUUUGAGUUUUAGUUUGUAACUGGGUACUCGCUCUACAAAACUAUAUCUCGUCUCUUGUCUUGUGUUUUAAGAUACCUGAACUGACCAUGUCUUUACAAAACAAGUCUUUGUUUUUUUUUCAAUUGUUGUUU